AGUUGAGCCUUGUAUCUUUACUUUAUCUCCCAAAACCCCUCCUCUCUUGCCACCUCUAUUUUAUUGUCUUAGGGAAAGAAAAAAACAACCAUGGGUUUUUCCCUAUUCGUUAAGGCAACAGCCUUUAUGAUCAUUACAUUGAUGUUUACUUCUGUCCCGUUUACACACUCUGUUCCCUUCGUAGUUUUUCAUGGUAUUAGUGACAAAUGCAGUAAUAAGGGAGUCAAACAGUUCACUGAGCUUUUAAGCAAGUGGUCAGGCAUUCAAGGACAUUGCAUAGAAAUUGGAGAUGGAGCAUGGGAUUCUUGGACUAUGCCCCUUCAAGAUCAGACGGAAAUUGCUUGUGAGAAGGUGAAGAGUAUGAGUGAACUGAGCGAUGGUUACAACUUAAUUGGACUUUCUCAGGGUAGCUUGAUUGCUCGAGGGGUUAUCGAAUUUUGUGAUGGGGGGCCUCCUGUGAAGAAUUUGAUUACGCUGGCAGGUAUCCAUGCUGGUAUCGCUUCAAUUCCUUUCUGUGGAUGCACCAUUGUAUGCGUUCUUUUGGAUAAUUUGAUCAAGUCAGAGAUCUACAGCAGUUAUGUUCAGGAACACUUGGCUCCCAGCGGUUAUAUCAAAAUCCCAACAGACAUUCCUGCCUACUUAAAAGGAUGUAGAUUCCUCCCCAAACUUAACAAUGAGAUCAAGAAUACCAGAAAUUCUACAUACAAGGAACGGUUCGCUAGCUUAGAGAACCUGGUUCUUAUCAUGUUUGAGCAAGAUACAGUUUUGGUACCGAAGGAAACCUCCUGGUUUGGAUAUUAUCCAGAUGGGUCCUUUGAUACUGUUUUACCUGCGCAAGAGACUCUGCUCUACACUGAAGACUGGAUCGGUUUGAAGACAUUGGAUGAAGCUGGAAAAGUUAAAUUCAUUAACGUGUCUGGGGGGCAUCUUGAUAUCUCGCAAACUGACAUGAAGAAAUACAUAUUGCCUUACUUGGAGGAACAAGCACCAUCCCCGGGUCUGCAGAUUGUAAAAGGAUCUUCAUCUGAUAGAUGGUUUUCAACAAUCAAGAACAACUUCAUGGAGCUGGUUGGACGCACUGACGAUCAACAUUUACUUGAUAUUCGGCAGUAGAUUCAGAACUCUUAUUGCCCCGACAAUAAGCCAAAAGGAAGAAGGAAAAUAUACACUAGAACUAUAAAUUCAUUCUUCGCGCAAUAUCUGUCCAUUUAUGGUCAUUUUUCCGUUCCUGAAACUCUCUUGUAUAUCAUUCUAUUGAACACUUCCUCGGUUUCCACGUCAUUAUUUGCAGAAUUCG